UAGAACUUAUUAUUCUUAUAAUAUAAUUAGUAAUUUCAUAAUUCGAUAUUAUUAAAUAAUAAUUGUACGUAAAUAAUCAGCAGAAUAAUUAAGAUGAACAAUGUUUAAUAUUACCUACUCAGUUUGUAUUAAAAUAGGUCAAGAUGAUUGUAUAAAUACCGACGGUUAGCAUAUCUCUGUUGCAUUCGUAUUCUACCCACCGUAACGUGUACUAAAGAGAAUAUAUUAUUUCGUGUGGAUGUAAAUUGUCUCAAUUGUCGCCGCCACCCUGAGGAUCCGUUUAUACUUCAGAAGCGGGAUUAUGCCAGGCCCAUGCAUUGACGGAUUUGAGACCGCUGAGAAACACAGGCGAUAUAAAAUGCGACGUGUCACCCAAACCGAUGCGGAGGUUAUUCCAACGUUCCGGCCGGAUGAAAAAUCUAGCAACGUCAAGGGAUGGCUGCACAAGAUCGACCAGUUGGAUCACGUAUAUGGAUGGGACAACAAAGACUGCCAGUUCAUCAUGCAGAUAUGUCUUCGUGGGUCGGCUAGGGAUUGUGCGAUACACCACCGCAACUAUACUACACAUCCGCGAAUGGCUACCACAUGGAGAAGAGAAGGUGCUGUUGCUCCAGUUGCAAGAGGGACCGACUUUCAACCAAAGAAAUGUUACGCCUGCCGAAGAGAAGGUCAUGAAACAAAGAACUGCAAAGAGCCGCGCUGCGAGGUGUGCCAUCGCCCGGAACACACGUCGGUCAGCUGAUGGUAUGCGGCCAGCUCUUCACACCCAAAAGUGCCAUACACCAGCGACAAACCAGGCGCCAAUAGCAGCGCUGAUCGCCGUGGGACACGGCAUAUACAGGAUGGCCGAAUGUUAUCGAGCAACACUUCCGGCCUCACAUAAUAAAUUAUUUACGAACUUAGGAAAUAUAUAGAACUUAUUAUUCUUAUAAUAUAAUUAGUAAUUUCAUAAUUCGAUAUUAUUAAAUAAUAAUUGUACGUAAAUAAUCAGCAGAAUAAUUAAGAUGAACAAUGUUUAAUAUUACCUACUCAGUUUGUAUUAAAAUAGGUCAAGAUGAUUGUAUAAAUACCGACGGUUAGCAUAUCUCUGUUGCAUUCGUAUUCUACCCACCGUAACGUGUACUAAAGAGAAUAUAUUAUUUCGUGUG